AUGGCUAACCAUAUCAGUCUUGAUCAAGCAGCCUCCCAGACAUUGGCUUUAUGGAUGGCCUCCUCCGAGGUAGACCAGAAGGCCCUGGGCAAUUUCGCGGCCGUCAUGGCCUUCGAGAACCCCUGGCUAUCGGCAAUGCUGUAUAAGGUACUCGGGGUGUCAGUGAUGCUCUCGAAGAAGCUCUUGCGUGCCCGAAAGCUGCGCCGGCUAGACACAACGCGCGAAACCAAGUCUUUACAGCUCUACCACCACAUCAUCUGGCUCUCGCGCGAGGGCCUACUGAUUCUGGAGGGAUAUAUCCUACCCAUGGUCACCGUCUUUGUCGAGCUGAAAGUGCUAUCAUACAAGCUCCGCGCCUCGUUUUACCACAUCUUCGUCCUCUUCCACAACCGACCCGCAAUACACCCACCAGACAACGACCCGCCGGUGCGCUCCAAACACGACUCAAUCUACGCCCCGGAUUCCCUCGCCACCAUGAACGGCUCAGAACCACACAAGGCCUAUACAGCACCACACCCACCCGGCCUGGCGCCCGUCCAGCCACCACAACCACCGCAACCACAACCAGCCUCCGCCUUCCUCCUCCCGCCCCUGGACUACACUACCACAGCGACAAUGUGCUUCAACCACGCCGCUAUGCUAGCCGACAAGCUUCUGCCCGGCUCGCACCCGCUACGGCUCUCCGUGAAACUCGAAUACGCCGCCUACCUCUACGACUGCCUCCAGGACUCCGUCUCCAGUCGCCGCCUCGCCAAACAAGCCAUCGCCGACGUCUACAACGCGCAGGAAGGCAUGGAUGAUGAGAGCUUCGAAGACGCCGCCGAGAUUGUCGGCGUGCUGGGCAAGAUGGUCAAGCGUGGCGGUAAACCCGGUGCCGGUGGUGGUGGUGGUGGUAGUAGCACUGCUGCUAGCAGUACGUCGCGGGGCGAGCGCUCGCGCAGUCGCAGUAGUCGCAGUCCUAGUCACCGCGACACGAGCGUUCCCACGACUAUCUCCCCGGUCCCCGUUACGAAAACCACUCCCACUGCUACUACUGUGCCUGCUUCUGCAGGCGUGGUCGAGCCUGCUGUGCCGGAUGCUACAAUGAUGAAUCCGAUUUAA